UCUUCUUAGUGGUCCCAAGCCCUCCUUGGAAGAUAAUGCUUUGUCUCUGAUCUUUCCUCCUGUCUGAUGUGCCUGAUACCUUGGCUCCAGGCACGCCCCCCUCUGCCCCCAGGCCUCAUCCCACUUCUCACUGGUGCACAGCAGACUCCUAAUUGCUCACUGGUGUACUAUAUAUAUACUCUGUUGUACUAGAAGUUGUGAUUUGUUGCUUUCAAGGCUGUUUCACGUGGUUUCUGCAGUGCUUUCGUGUCCACGCCGUUUUUGAGAGGCAGUACAGUAGAAUAGAUAAGAGUCUUGGACAUGGCAUCCAGAAGGCUUUCAUUCCCAUUCUUCUCUGCUGCUUCCCAGCUGUCUGACCACAAGUGUGUUUACAGAAGAGAAGCUCAGUAAGACAGUGACUCACCCGUGUUGAAACACUUGGUAACCGGGGCUCUCGCUUUGAAUUGGCAACGUGGUGGAAGUCGUGGAAGCCGUGGGACCUUGAACCACCCCAGAUCUGCAGCAGAGAGCAGCCGGAGCUUGCUGUUGGCCGCCGCAUCCGGUAUCCAGGGGUCUCGGGACUUCUUGGUGUUAUCGAGUCUCACUGGUGUUGGCGGGACUCUUAGGGAUUAUCGGGACUCGUUAGAAUUAUCAAGGAAGCAUUGGUGUUUUCGGGUCUCAUUGGUAUUAUCUUGACUCCUGUUUCUACUCGGUGCCCCUGUCUGUCAUUGGUUUGUGUAAACUCAGGCCUAGUGCGUGAGUCUUGCCCUGUUCUGUCUCCUACUCAGUAGCUCAAAGGUCCCCCCUCUCCACAGGCUCGCAGAAUGGCUAGUAGCAGCAGCAGCAGCAAUAGUAAUAUCCUUAGCUCUGAAUUCAUUGUGGGAGGGAAAUAUAAGCUGAUCAGGAAAAUCGGGGCGGGGUCCUUUGGCGACAUCUAUCUGGCCAUCAACAUCACCAAUAAUGAAGAAUUGGCCGUGAAGCUAGAAUCUCAGAAGGCCAGGCACCCCCAGCUGCUGUAUGAGAGCCGACUCUAUAAGCUUCUGCAAGGUGGGAUGGGCAUUCCCCGAACCCGUUGGUAUGGUCAGGAGAAAGAAUAUAAUAUCCUUGUCAUGGAUCUGCUUGGGCCCAGUCUUGAAGACCUCUUCAAUUUCUGUUCCCGGAAGUUCACUUUGAAAACCGUGCUGAUGUUGGCUGACCAGAUGAUUACCAGAAUCGAAUAUGUGCACACCAAGAGCUUUAUCCACAGAGAUAUUAAACCAGAUAAUUUCUUGAUGGGUAUUGCACGUCCUCGCAAUACUAGGGGUGGUUAUUCAGGGGGUAAGAGAAAAAGAGGUGGGGCAGCAGUUGCUAAUAGGUCUCAGGACCCAUCUUUUUCAGGUUUAAACCAGUUAUAUCUCAUUGAUUUUGGUUUGGCUAAACGGUACCGAGAUAACAGAACCAAGCAACAUAUACCCUACAGGGAAGAUAAGAAUUUCACCGGCACUGCCCGGUAUGCCAGCAUCAAUGCACACCUUGGCAUUGAGCAGAGCCGUCGGGAUGAUGUGGAGUCCCUUGGUUACGUCCUGAUGUAUUUCAACAAGAGCAUCCUGCCCUGGCAGGGGAUAAAGGCUGCAACCAAAAAGCAAAAGUAUGAGAAAAUCAUUGAGAAGAAGAUGUCCAUCCCUGUUGAUGUUCUGUGUCAGGGCUUUCCGUCAGAAUUUGCCAUGUAUCUUAAUUAUUGCCGUGGCCUUCGCUUUGAAGAAGCACCCGAUUACUUGUACCUCAGGCAGCUAUUCCGUAUUCUGUUCAGAAGCCUAGAUUACAAGUACGACUUCAUGUUUGAUUGGACACUGUUAAAGCAGAAAGCAGAGCAGGAGCAGGCAGCCUCUUCUUCUGAUCAGGGUCAGAAGACACAGCCACCUCCUCCUCCAGCACCCAAAAAUACCAGACCAAGAAGAGUGACCAGAAGAUCUGCCAGGCAGCAAGAGAUGAAGAAGAUGGCCCAGAGUUAAACCAGUGAUUCCCCACAUCCAGAGCACUUAGUUGAUAGAUAUACUGGCCAAACAGUUGUGAGCAACCAUUUAUUUGUUAAAAAUUUACUUAAAUUCCGCAGAAAUUGACUGGUCAGCAUUAGUGAUGAGUACUAGCCAUUGUUAAUUGUUAAUAUUACAAUAACUAUAAAUGUUAAUAUCAAGAUAGUGAAACAUGGUUCUAGUUUUCUAUUGCAUUUUUUUUUCUAGUGAAAAGUAAACUAAAUGUUUGACGUACAGAUGGUGGAAAAUUGUGCAUAUGACAAUUUUUUGAUAUUUUUUAUUUUGAACCGUACUGUUUUGAGAUCUUGUUUCAGAAGUAUAGCAUAAAGUUUUCAACUACAGUUGUUAUAAUUGUAAAUGCUCAGAAAUGUGCACUCUUCGGGUAUUUACCUUCCUUGAUGUUUCAAAGUUGUACAUGUAAACAUUCUUAAAAUCGUUGACUUCAAUGUGCAAGCCAGCCGACAGGGUAGCAACCAAAGAUUUCAGUUUUAAGCAUAUGAAAGACUGUGCCUGCUUACUGUGCUAGAAAUAACAGCAUUUAAAGUGAAGAUUUAAGAAAAACUUAGUGACUACUACAUUAUCUUUAGGAUUCUGCAUUAACUCUAAUGUCUUUGAUUUAAAAAAAGAAAAGCAAUAUGUUUGUCCCAGAAAUUCAGUUAACAUCUUAGAACUGAACAUAUGUGCAAGUUGUUUAGAUAAAUGUAAGUACUGUGAACAUCUAUAUGACCUGGGAUUUUGUUUUGAUUUUGAAACUGAAAGUUGUUUGCUGUAAGAAAGAUACUUUCAAAAAGAAAGAAAUGCUUUGCUAAUUUACUAUUGAGUCAAUAUCUCUUCAAAGUUUAAAUAAAGUAUUUCUUGACAGUU